AUGGCUACCAUGCUGUGCAGUAAGUUGUUGCUGAUCGUCUACAUCGUCACCUUCCUGAUGGGGGUCCCCGCCAACAUCCUGGCAUUCUGCACGUUUUGCCGCAAAGUGCGACGUAAGGCAGCCCCGAUAGACAUCCUGCUCCUAAACCUCACCAUCUCCGACCUCAUCUUCCUCGCUUUCCUGCCCUUCAAAAUGAAGGAGGCCUCUGACAACAUGGCCUGGCUGCUGCCCUUCCCCCUGUGCCCCUUCACUGGGUUUGUGUUCUACGUCACCAUCUACAACAGCACUCUGCUCCUCACAGCUGUGAGCGUGGAGCGAUACCUGGGGGUCGCUUACCCCCUCUGGCACUCCUUGUAUCGCAGGCCUCGUUACGCCGUGCUCGCCAGCAUCAUGUUCUGGGUGGUGACCACUCUGAACCUCAGUAUUGUCUACAUCAUGCCCUAUGCCCAGUGGAGAAAUGGUGACAACAGCACCGCGGUGCCUCCAACCACCUGCUACCUGAAUUUCACUGCGGAGGAGCUGAGAAUCGUGCUGCCGGUCCGCCUGGAGCUCUUCCUGGUCCUCUUCUGCAUCCCCUUCAUCAUCUGCUGCUUCUGCUAUGCCAACUUCAUCCUCAUCCUGUCACGUCUCCCAAACAUCAGCAGGCGCCGGAGGAUGCGAGCCAUUGGCCUGGCCCUCGGCACCCUGAUAGUAUUCACCGUCUGCUUCGGGCCCUAUAACGCCUCCCAUGUGGUGGGGUUUGUGCGUAAGGAGAGUGAAAAGUGGAGGAAUGUGGCAUUGCUCUCCAGCACCUUCAACGCCUGCCUGGAUCCAUUUAUUUUCUACUUCUCCUCUGCGGCGGUCAGAAGCAUGUUGAGUCACUGCUUCAGGAACAUCAUGGCAAAGCUACACAUCCUGAGGUGUGGUGUGUCACGAGAGACUAUCCAAGACUGA